AUGCGAACGGUAUCGAACAGGGCCUUGCCGCUUGCUGCCCGCUAUGGCUCUGUUCUGUUAGCCGCCUUCCUCGUCUACUAUGUCAUUCGCGAGCCUUUAACUAUAGCUGUCAGUAAUAUAUCAUUUCCAAGAAAGGGUGGUCUUUAUGCUUCUGCGCCAGGGGGCGAUCAGGAUGGCCUUCCCGUUAUCGGUGGCAAAGAAGGCACCAAUGGGGAGGAAGCCAACAAGGGCCCUGCUAAUGUAGCUCAAGCGAUCCAUGAAAAGAACGUGGAGAAGCCAAUGAGCGGAGGAGAGGAUGUUAUAAAAUACGUCAAAAAGUACAAGCCAGAAUCAAUUCCGUUCACCCCUAUUGGAGACCAUUUCCCUUGGCUCACACAUUCCAACUCUCCACCACCGGUACUCGAAAACAACCUACCUCCCCAUCCGCACGUCGAGGAAGCGACGCCACUAUUUAUCGGCUUCACACGAAAUUGGCCGUUGUUGUUACAAUGUGUGAGUAGCUAUAUUGCGGCAGGAUGGCCGGCGGAAGAUAUCUAUGUGGUUGAGAAUACAGGCACAUUCCACGCGAAUCGGCAACAUGAGCUGGAACUACAAAACCCCUUCUUCCUCAACUAUACGGCACUGGAUAUCCUUGGUGUGAAAAUCCUGGAGACGCCAACUCUACUUAGCUUUGCCCAGCUACAGAACUUUUUCCUACACACGGCGCUGGAGCGUGAAUGGCCUUUUUUCUGGUGGAGUCAUAUGGACGUGCUGGUAUUCAGCGACGAGGAUGUCAAGAAGAACGAUCGCGAUCACGACUGGGACCAUGACCCGUACGCGACUAUUUACGAGCGCUGUAUUGGAUUACUGCGAUACCUAAACGGCCCGGAUAUGCCGCCGUGGGCUACUCAUUUCUUCGAGUACGACCACCUCGCCCUGGUGAAUCGCGAUGCCUACCUCGAGGUCGGCGCUUGGGAUACUCAUAUCCCUUACUACGCCUCCGAUUGCGACAUGUACCUGCGCUUGCACUGGGAGGGGUACUGGCAGCCGCAAAGCGAAGCAGGUCUUGUGUUUGAUGUCUCCACAGUGCUCGACGAUAUCAUGGCUCUAUUUCGUGUUCCAGGCGCACAUGCUACAUUCAAGGGAGACCCUGUGUACGCGACAGGUGGAGAAGAUACCUCCGAAUCCGAGAAAGCUCACCGGGAAGCGGAGCUGAAGCGCGAGCAGGAUAUGUGGCCGUGGGUAGACAAGGAGGGAGAGACCUUUGCCCACCUAGUCGAGGUGGCGAAUCGCAUGCAGGAUCUCAAGUGGGUAGACGAAGGAGUGCAGCGCAACUCAUGGCAGACACGGCAGGCAGGCGGGCAGGCGGAUCCCUUCUAUCGCGACCCGGAAGGAUUCGCGGCGGGGCUUGAGACACUCGUUGAUGCCGGACGUCGGGUCUUUGCUGAUAAAUGGGGACAUCGCGGGUGCGACUUGCUAGCCAUGGAUAUUGAGGGUAAAGAUGAGUGGCGCCUCGAGCGCGACUGGGAUAUCAAGGAGAGCCCUGGAAGCGAGGGAGGGAACUGGGGGAAGAAUUGGAUGCCGGGAAGUGAGGAUUUGAAUAAGUUAUAA